AUGGGAUCGGUUCGCGAACUCACACUCACCAUGUCCGGGAUCGCACCGGUUCUGAAAAAUGAGGUGGAGAAAAACGUGCCGUUUGUCAUUCAAGCCUACGGAUCUUAUUUGUGGGAAUUGCAUCAAUUGGCUAACUUCAUUCCUGGUGCUUGGGAUCCAGAGACAAAACAGUGUGUGGCCUGCAGAAUGGGAUAUUUCAACCAUGCAAAAAAAGACUAUCCUCUCGUCACACUCUCCGUGUUGAUCCCACGACUGACGCCUUUCAUGGAUGACUUUUUCAAGCUCCUGAAAAUCUGGGAGUAUCCCAAGGACAAAAUCGACUUGGUCAUUUACGACAAGGUAAAACGAAUUCAAAAUCGUUACAAUUACACGCCUUUCAUUCGCGUCAGAGAAUCUUUGCAAUUCCAUAGAAGCGUGAUUGCCCCCAUGUUGCCUCACACACACCCAGAAUCAAUAUUUGCGGACUACAAUUUCCGCGGGUUGAAAUUAUCAGAUGACACGUACCUGAAAGGCAAAUACGACAAGCUGAUACAGACCAACAAUAUAACGGGUCUAUGGAUCAUGCCACUCAUCACCCACUCUAUGCUGGUUGAAAGAUCUGUUCUGGAUGCCAUGGGUGAUGAACCAUUCGUUCACCGGCUUUUGGAACCCAUGCAAGCCUUCAGCAAAAAUCUCAUCGACUUGGAAAUCCCGAUGUACAUAACGAACCGAGUGCGAUUUGGCCACGUCAUCACAACAGCCAAUUACAAUCCGGACGAUGGAGCAACAGAAUUGUACCAAAUGAGAGAAAAUCCGUGGGAUUGGAGAGAACACUUCAAGCACGAGACUUAUGACGCAACAACCGCUUUCAGCAACAUUUUACAGCCCUGUGAGAAUGUAUACAUGGCACCUCUGGUCAACAAACGAUUCGUGAUGGAAAUUAUAGCUUCGUAUGACGAAUUCACAAUACUUCCGCUCAACGACGGCCGUGAUAAUGUUCGAAUUUUGAGUAUCGCCAAGGAUGGAAAGGAUAUCCUCGAUUGGGAAGUAGCUUUGUAUUACUUGGUGCAGCCGAUAAUCACCCUGAACUUCCCAGAUCAAGAAGCCAUGACUUCUCUCUACACCGGAGGACACAUUUUCCUCAUACGACACAACGAAACCACAUCAAAUUGGCCGACAUUCAAUAUUCCAAGCAGCAUGGACGUGACCAUGAUCAUAUCAAUAGCAUUGAAUAAGCACGGAAAAGAUUUUAAGGCACUGGGGUACAAGUUUGAGAGGUACGGCUGUAAUGUGAGGCUAGAGCACCAGGGUUACGGACUCCUGCACCCCGCAGACAUAACCCACGCUCACAGUGGACCAAGGGUCACUGAAGGAACCUAUUACGAAAUGGUCAUUGGUGCUAGGGUUUGACGUGGCAACAGGUAUUUCCCUGAUUAAUUCUCGAUGGGAAGUAACCUCGUGUAAUGUUGAACUUUCCUGAGAAUACUGUAUUUACCCAGGUACCAAGAGCACCUUUUUUCCAAAAAAAAAAAAACUGGGGCAAAAAAGGGGGCAAGUCAUAGAUUUCAAGCGACAUUUUCUUCAAUCUUCGACAUUUUCUCGCCCCUUUUCUCUUCUUAAUUAUAUGAUUUCCAAAAUAAAAUUGAACUCAACUUUCAAGAUGGGGUGGUAUUUAGACUUUUCACCCCAUGCAGUUUCCAAAAUCUGGAUUUUGGUACUGUAAUUGAAAAUUAAGAUACGUUUCUCAUGCUGAGAUGGAUUUUUUCCCAAAAUUUAAGCUAAAAAAAAAUGUGUGCAUCUCACUCCAGAGUGCAAUAUAAUCUAGUAAAUACAGUAGGACAGCACAUUUUUUGUAAGAAUUUCACGAGGAAAAUUAUAUUUUUUUUAUUCAAAUGCUAAUGAGAGCGUCAUAAUUGACUCACUCAGUAGUCAGAAUGAAAUAUCGGUCUGGUCUGCGAAGUGCAAUUUUUCAGAAACUACGAGACGUAAAAAUCUGAAUUCAGCCUCAGGUAGAAUGGCAUCAAUCUGUUUUCAAUAUUUUUUCUUUCCAAUAAAAUUCAACAUUCAUUUGUGAAUGACAAGAUUUAUGGACACAUUGCUGUCAAGAUUACAAUUUUGGACGCUGUUUUGAGGGAAAACUAGCACGCACAUGAUAAACAGCGAUAGAUUUUUAAUCGAAUUUUCUUAUAAGCAUCCUGGUGCGCAUCUUACUCAAGGGCACAUGCUGCUUGAGUAAAUACAGUAACACAAUUCCAGUAGAAGAAAAAUAAAGAUCAGAUCUAUCAACCGCCUAAAUUACGGUAUACAACCUUUUGUAAGAGAAAUGCUUUUUCAUCAAAAUGAACCACAUCAUGUUUAUUGCUCGAGACACGACUGGGAUACGCUAACUGAACAUGACAACACCUCACACACUCACCAACAAAUAGUUUUUUCAGUCAACCUGACCUGAAGACGAAAUGAACCUUGCAAAUCGAAUGUAAAUCAAGUGGGCUGAUACUGUUUGUGGGGAAAAUAUAUGUAAUCUGCGGGGGACAGCUUUCACGAGGAAGAAAUAUAAACAAGACUCACCCGCAUUUUGUGUGCAGUACGAAAUAAGAAGCAAUGAAUGAACAAAGGUACACGAACCUCUUAUUCCCAUCAUGCAUACCAUGCAGAACACGCAGACAAAAAAAUCCAUUGGCUUUCUAUUGCAUCACAUCAAUUCACUCCGAGCACCGCACUCACACACUUCACGAUUCCGUCGUAUUUUCCUCGUUAUCGUCGGAAAAAACGUAGUCCGAUUCUGAAUCGUUUUCACUGGAUUCGUUCGGCGAGAGAUCAUUGAUAGAAUCUUGGGAUCCUGAGGGCUGAGCUUCAUCGUUGGAAGAGGAUUUGAUGAGAAUGCCGGACUUUGUUUGCAACGCUUCCAACGCAAUACUGGAAAGUGUAAUAGUAUCAAGCUUCAAGUUCUCGUAGACCGAACUUACAGGUGUCUUCAAUUCAUGAAGCUCCGCAAGGAUGGUCUUCGGAACGAACUGCAUGUCACGGGCUCCGAAUACAUUCUGGAAUCAAUCAUAAACAACAGAAAACAUUUAAAUUGUCCGUUGAACUUCACAUGAGUAACAUCGAGAACAAAUACUGUACUGUAGAAACUUUCCAUGAUGAGUGCUUGGGAUCUCGAAAAAUAUUAUAUCGCUAUAUAAAAUUGAGUACAUUGAAUAUAUACUGUAUUCACGAA